UUAGUUAGAAAGUAGAACCCGUGACGGUCAUGAGAAUUCUUUUCCUUGCGGAUCUCGAGCUCACAGCAGCCACGAGGGGUUUAAGGAGGAGGAGAGAGCGAGAGACAAAGAGCAAGAGGGAGAGAGAGAGAGAGGACUGGACUUACUCCGGCCCAGCCUGAGAGCCACUUCAUCUCUGUAAUCAAAUUAUCCAACUCGGGAACGAUGCCUCGGGGUGACUUCAACGUUCAUUUUGCAAGCAGAGGCCGUGGCUCCUACAUCAGGGCAGAGGAGGCUGCUGGUAUUGCCUUACUGGCAAUUAUCCUCACCGCUCUGCUCAUCCUGGGCUGCUGGUACUACCGCCGACGGAGUGGAUACAAAAUGAUCCGGAACGCCCGAGGCAGCAGCCAGUCCUGGAGGGACAUCAUGAGAUCAGGGCAGUACAGCGAACCAGGAGCUGCAGCCGAAAACAAAGUGGCCCUUACUGAAUUCAGCAACCUCCAACCAGCAGUACCCAACGCCCCACCGGCCUAUGAGAAGAUUGCUUCUGGACCAUCACCACCACCUUACUCACCCUGAAGAACUUCACUGGGUUGAAUAGCUCACUUAUGGGCCUUGUUUGAUUUUAACGCUCGUUUCGAUAACA